AUGACUGCACCAGUAUCCACACCUUGUGUUCAUCACUUUUGCAAGUCGUGCUUAGAAGGUGCUUUUGUUGGCAAGAGUUUUGUGACAGAAAGAAGCAGAGGUGGACGGUCUCUCCGAGCCCGAAAGAAUGUAAUGAAAUGCCCUGCCUGUCCGGGGGAUAUCUCUGAUUUUCUGAAGAAUCCUCAGGUGAAUACAGAGAUAAAGAAUAUGAUCGAAUCACUAAAAGCUCUGAAUGAAGAGGAAGAGAAGGUAGAUCCAACUGAGAAGUCAAGUGAUGAAGGGGAUGAGGAUCCAACUGAGGAGUCAAGCGAAGAAGAUGAUUCUGACAAUGAAGCUAGUGAUCCUGUGUCUGACAAAACAGGAAUGAAUGGCAACGGGCAGACUUCAGGAACAAAGUCUCCUGCAAGGAGUCCCAAACUUGUCAAGGCAAAGGAAAUUUUUGGCGCCCAGACUGAUGGUUCGAAGGGAGAUCCUAAAGAAAGCAAAUCUGAUGCUCCUGUUGCAAAGCGUGGGAGGAAACCUGCCGGUCAGGGAGGUGCUGGAGCAAAGUCCGGGGGAAGAAAGAGGACUAAGGAGGAAGCCUCGGGUGAUGAAGAAGGAAAUGGUUCACCAGCAAAUCCUCUGCAGGUGCAAUCUGAAGAGGAUCCAAAAGAGAGCAAAAAGCCAGCUGCAAAGCGUGGAAGGAAACCUGGCUGUCAGGGCAGUGCUGGAGGGAAGACCCGAGGAAGAAAGAAGGCUCAGGAGAAAGAAGCAUUGGGCGACAAAGAAGGAAAUGGUUCCCCAUCAAGCCCCCAGCAGGUCCAAUCGGUUCAGGAUCCAAAUGAGAAGAAAAAGCCAGCUGCAAAGCGUGGGAGGAAGCCUGCUGGUCAGGGGGGGUGCUGCAGCAAAGACCCGAGGAAGGAAGAAGGCUCAUGA